CUUCGGAUCUCCCCCUCUUCAACCAUCCCUUCCCCCCCACCUGCGUGUCUUUCUUAAGCACUAUACUCAGUCACAGUCUAAUUUUGUGUUCGCCCCUUGUCGCAAUGUGCGCUACUACGAAGAAGUUCUCGACCAAGGCCGCCGAGCCUAGGCCUAGUGCUAAAUCUACCCGGGAAGCGACAGUUCCAAAGUCGCGCCAUUCUACGACCCAUCCCCCUUGGAUUGACAUGAUUACCGAAUGUAUCACCACGACACCCGAUGGAACCCGCCACGGCGUAUCGCGUCCAGCGAUUAAGAAAUUCAUCGACUCAAAGUACCAUCUCGAAAUAAAUCCUUUAGCGUCCAGCCAGCUUAACCGAGCAAUCCAUCAUGGCGCCGAUAAAGGGACCUUUGUCCUGCCGAAAGGUCCUUCCGGGAAAGUUAAACUUGCCCCUCCCAGUCGGAGGCAGACUGAGGCGGCCAAAGAGAACGCAAAGCCAGGUUCAAAACGUUCCACCGCUGCCAAAGAAAGUCACGUCAUCCCAAUCAAGGCAGCUACUAAAACCGCGGCGAAGAAGACGUCUCGUGCCGCGAAGCCGGCGGCUACCACCGUGCCCGCCACACCGCCAAAGUCAAGAACUGCUGAAAAUAAAUAUCACUCCGCUGCAAAGAAAGCUAGGACGACUGGUUCCUCCACUCGCAGGACGGUCGAAAGAAAGACCGCUACUGCACAAGGAACAGCUAAGAAGACUGCCACAGGAAGGUCAACUCCAUCAAAGAUCAGGCGGGGAGCAAUCUCCGCGAAGAGGACUACGAGGGCCACAGCUUCGAAGCAGAGGGCCCGGAAGACUUCUCGCAAGUGACGCAUGUUAUUCAUGGUAGGAUCGGAUUCAAUACUUAUGUCACUAUUGCUCACCUGGUAUGGUCAUAUUGUUAGAUUUCAGGCUCUUUCUGGCGAAUCAUGGCUAACGUCUUGAUGUCUCCUCAGAAACACGGUUUUUCUUCUCUGCUUUUUGUCUCAUGUUCCAGUUUGUUUUUCGUUCAUCUUGCUGUUUUUACCUCUUGGAUGUACCUCCGCGACGUGCCACUCAUGCUUACCUACGAGUUUUACUUCUAACGAAACAUUACGUCCAUCUCAUUCUAUGCCCUAUCUUAUCGUACGCUAUCUACUGUCAGUUGCCCUGGUCUGAGUCCAGUUGUACGUAUCAUCUGAAACAACAAAUGUCAGCCUGGUUGCUCAGGAACA